UUACUUCUAGCUUACUGGUUUGUCUUUGCCAACCUCUGAGUUCAGCUUUCCGUUUGUAAAAUAGAAAAGUACACUCUCGUCUUUAGUCAUCCAGAUUGAAAGCUAGAGAAUGAAAAGCAAAGCGAUCACAGUGCUUUGGAAGGUAGAUGCACUGUGUCAAGAUGAAGCCCUCAGAGCAGCCCAGCCGUAGUCUGGAGUCAGGGUUGGGCUGGGACAGAGCUGUGGUCCCCUUCCAGGGCCUUGUCGUCCUCCGACAGCCUGGGGGCGCCCGCUCCCGGGGCCACCCUGUCCCGGAGCUCCCCUCUGUGGUACUUCUUCCCAAACCGCGAAGGCAGGAGGGAGUGGUCAGACUUUUUCCGCUAGUCGCCCCCUCUAGCCCAUAGUCUCGCUGCCCCGAGCCUCCCGUACCCGCCCGCGGGCCGGGGCCACAAACAGGCCAGGCGCUCGGGGGGCGCGCGGGGGGCGGGGGAGUUCCGGUUCCGGUUCUUUGUGCAGCUGCAGCUGCAGCUCCGGGAAGAUGGCGGCCCGGGCGGGUUUCCAGUCUGUGGCUCCAAGCGGUGGUGCCGGAGCCUCAGGAGGGGCGGGCGUGGCGGCUGCUCUGGGCCCGGGCGGAACUCCCGGGCCUCCGGUGCGAAUGGGCCCAGCGCCGGGUCAAGGACUAUACCGCUCCCCGAUGCCCGGGGCAGCCUAUCCGAGACCAGGUAUGCUGCCAGGCAGCCGAAUGACACCUCAGGGACCUUCCAUGGGACCUCCUGGCUAUGGGGGGAACCCGUCAGUCCGACCUGGCCUGGCCCAGUCAGGGAUGGACCAGUCCCGCAAGAGACCUGCGCCUCAGCAGAUCCAGCAGGUCCAGCAGCAGGCAGUCCAAAAUCGAAACCACAAUGCAAAGAAAAAGAAGAUGGCUGACAAAAUUCUACCUCAAAGGAUUCGUGAACUAGUACCAGAAUCACAAGCCUAUAUGGAUCUUUUGGCUUUUGAAAGGAAACUGGACCAGACUAUCAUGAGGAAACGGCUAGAUAUCCAGGAGGCCUUGAAACGUCCCAUCAAGCAAAAACGGAAGCUGCGAAUUUUCAUUUCUAACACUUUCAAUCCGGCUAAGUCAGAUGCUGAGGAUGGGGAAGGGACGGUGGCUUCCUGGGAGCUUCGGGUAGAAGGACGGCUUCUGGAGGAUUCAGCCUUGUCCAAAUAUGAUGCCACCAAACAAAAGAGGAAGUUCUCUUCCUUUUUUAAGUCCUUGGUGAUCGAAUUGGACAAAGACCUCUAUGGGCCAGAUAACCAUCUGGUAGAAUGGCACAGGACCGCCACUACCCAGGAGACCGAUGGCUUCCAGGUGAAGCGGCCAGGAGAUGUGAAUGUACGGUGUACUGUCCUACUGAUGCUGGAUUACCAGCCCCCCCAGUUUAAAUUAGACCCUCGCCUGGCUCGUCUCUUGGGCAUCCAUACCCAGACGCGUCCAGUGAUCAUCCAAGCACUGUGGCAAUAUAUUAAAACACAUAAGCUCCAGGACCCUCAUGAGCGAGAGUUUGUCAUCUGUGACAAGUACCUCCAACAGAUCUUUGAAUCUCAACGGAUGAAGUUCUCAGAGAUUCCUCAGCGGCUCCAUGCCUUGCUUAUGCCACCAGAACCCAUUAUCAUUAAUCAUGUCAUCAGUGUUGACCCAAAUGACCAGAAAAAAACAGCUUGUUAUGAUAUUGAUGUGGAAGUGGAUGACACCUUGAAGACCCAGAUGAAUUCUUUUCUGUUGUCCACUGCCAGCCAGCAGGAGAUUGCUACUCUAGACAACAAGAUUCAUGAGACUAUAGAAACUAUCAACCAGCUGAAGACUCAGAGGGAGUUCAUGCUGAGCUUUGCGAGAGACCCUCAGGGUUUCAUCAAUGACUGGCUUCAGUCCCAGUGCCGGGACCUCAAGACCAUGACUGAUGUGGUGGGUAACCCAGAGGAGGAACGCCGCGCCGAGUUCUACUUCCAGCCUUGGGCUCAGGAGGCUGUGUGCCGAUACUUCUACUCCAAGGUGCAGCAGAGGCGGCAAGAAUUAGAGCAAGCCCUGGGAAUCCGGAAUACAUAGGGCUUCUCCUACAGCCCUGACUUGACUGCACCAAUCCUUUAUUUGGGCCCCAUGCUGCCUGCCUGCCUCAUAGAACCUGCCUUGGUUCUGCUUGAGGCAUUCCAGGAGAUACUGUUGGUUCAAGGACAGUACCAGAAUGAAGAGGGUCUCAAGUUUAUGUUUCACAAGGCACCUAUUAUCCUCUUCCUUCACCCCAACCUCCUACCCCCAACUUCUCUUUGACCCACAGAGUUCCCGUGUGCCUCUACCUCCCUACCCUGUCCCACCCUAGGUCUUUAUAGGACCUCUAGAUAGUAUUAGAGAACCCGUAGUGGUAAUCAGUGCUCUGAAAGGACUGGGUGCUCCUGAGACCAAGUGGUCUUCGGGGAGACCAGCUACACUGAUCCUGUCCUUCAGAGACCCAGGAGUUGGGAGCUAUCUGAGACUCAGGCCUGGAGGCAUUCUAUAAGCUAGUUGACCUUGGCCCUCCUGCUAGUGCAACUCCUUUCACUUGUUGCCCUGUAGCACUAAAGGAGCCCAGGUUCUUGGGUUCCAUUGAGCCCCAGGUCAGUCUCCACCCUCUGGAUUGACCUGCUGUUUCAGUGCUUCUCCGAUCCCUUCAUGGGGUUCCAUAUCAGUAUUGGAGUUUGUUCUAGAACUGUUGCUCCCUUCUGCACACUCCCAUAGCUGCCUGUUGUAGGAUUUCCUCACAUCUGCCCUUAACCCAUGGCAUUUGGGUAGGGGAUCUUGCCUUUCCCUGUCAGAGCCCCAGGGAACUAAGCUGGGCACUGUCAUUGCCAGCAGAGGCUGUACAUUCCUGUUGUUGGUUAGAUGAAUGGCUUGUUCAUUCGCUCCACUCUGCCCCCUCUCUUAAAUGGAGAAACAAGCCUGAAACGGGUAAAGCCCUAGGCCAUCCCUGUCUUCCCGUCCCUUGUUUGCCUGGUUGACACCCACUGGUGACUUCUCGGGUACUGAGGAGUGAAAGCGCCUAGGGCUGGAGAAUAGGUCUGAAAUGGGUUUGUGACUCUCCUGCCUCCCCAAAUUGUGACUCCCAACCCCUGCCCUCAAAGCUUCAGACCCCUCAGGUAGCAGCAGGACCUUGUGAUCUUGGCCCCUUGGAACUGAGAUGUUUUUGCAUUUUUCCAGGAGAGCCUUGGAUUCUUCCAGGUCGUAUUACCGCAAGUUAGCAUAUCCCAGGCUCGCAGACAACACUGCAGGGUGGGAGAUAGCUGGGCACAGAAAGGGAUUCUGUUGAACACGGGCUCUGAACCCACAGAACUGACAAAGUCCCUGCUUCCCCACCCCACCUCAGGCUCCUGCGAGCAGUGUCCCUGCCCCUUGUUCGGUACUGGGGACAGCCAUUUUCUCCCCAUCUUCCCCUUGUCCUAUAUCCAUCCCUCCCUUGGAAGGUUCUCCCCACAGUGACACUGGAUGACCCUGGGCAGCUGAGGCCCAGCCCAGCUCCUGGCUGGAAGCAUGAUAAGGAAGCUCAGCACUCCUACAGUGUCCCUGUUGAUAACUUUUUAUUAACUGAAUUACUGUGUUUUCCCCAAUGGACCAAAUUUUUUUUUGUACUGUCCCCUUACUGAUGUCACCCGGUUUUAAUAAAAGAGUCUUCUGAAAAGUGA